UUCAACACAUAUUCUUCAUGAAUACUACCCAAUUCUAAUUAUUAAACCCUGCCUACCUGUCUUCCUUCAUCCCCCACCUCUUCUCUGAAAGCUGUAGCAGAAGAAGAAAACCUAUUUCUUCCCUUCUUAUUGAACUACUAAAUCUCAAAGCUAUUCUUUGUAGCGAUCUAGUGUCAUCUACAUCAACCACCAUGGAGAUGAGCGAGGAACAGAAAGGUGGAGAUGAUGACCAAAUUCCAACCAUCACCAUCCCGCAAGAUGAAUACGAGUGGACUAAGUACGGGCAAAAGCUCAUCAAGGGGAUUGGAAAUAAGUACAGAAGCUAUUUCAGGUGUAAGAAGAAGGAUUGUGGUGCGAAGAAGAAGGUGGAGUGGGCGCCGAGCAACCCGAGCACCGUCAGGGUGUUAUAUGAAGGAAAUCACAACCACCAGUGUGCCAGGAUUGAUUCAGAUGAAGUUGAUGAGGACGCGAUGAUCCAAGCAAACCAGUAUGAUUUAGCUACUCAGAUCUUCGGAUCAAGGAACUAACAAGUAGAUAAAUUCAUAUGUGUGUUCCUAACUGUCAUAAUUUUCUGUUCGAGAUGAUCGAAGUCAUGUUCAUCGUUGAAUAUAUAUCUGUGAUGUAGUGAGUUCCUGGAUGUCUAAAAUUUUUCUGAAAUUAAUAAUCUGUAUGUAAUGAUGUGAUGAGUUAUGAUAAGUUUACAAA